AACCUAUGACCUUUACAGGUGUUAUUUUUCUUGCCUGAUCCACAAAGAAACACAACUUGUUGGACGUGUACAUUCUUUUGCUUCCUGCAAGCUUUCUGGGUGAUAAAAGAUGCACAGCCAGUGGAGGGACUGUCAGGAAUGGUGCAAGAUUGGCCUUCCUCUCUCCACCACCAGUAAUGAUGCCUGUAAGAUGUACGAUGCAGUCCUGACACAGUAUGUUGGCUGGUACGAUGACUCCAGUGUUGGGGGAGUGGACGCCAGUCUGGAACGCCUACUUCAAGCUGACCCAAACUUUGUGAUGGGAAAAGUCCUUGCCAACGGACUGGAGCUGCUGGGAACAGGGAAGUCCAUCUACACAGACACAGGGCUGAGGGAAGGGGUGGAGGAUCUGAGGACAGCUGUGGAGAAAAACGGGAUUAACCCUCGAGAGAGGAAACAUGCCGAAGCUGUGCAGCUGUGGGCACAGGGGGACCUAACAGGAGCCUGUGACAAGUGGGAGGCUAUAACACUGGAACACCCGACCGACAUGCUGGCCAUCAAGAUGGCCCACGACACCUACUUCUACCUGGGCCAGGGCGCCCCCAUGAGAGACUCCAUCGCUAGGGUGUUCCCUGCAUGGAAACCAAGCAUGCCUCAUUAUGCGUACCUGUAUGGGAUGCAUUCCUUUGGUCUGGUGGAGACAAACUUCUAUGAUCAAGCUGAGAAAGCAGCUCGCAAGGGUCUUGAGCUGAACCAGAAGGAUGCGUGGUCCACCCACUCCAUGGCUCAUGUGCUGGAGAUGGGAGGGAGGCAGGACGAGGGAAUAGCCUUCAUGUCCACAACCAUGAGGGACUGGAACACCUGCGGCAUGCUUGCCUGCCACAACUACUGGCACUGGGCAGUGUACCACAUAGAGAAGGGUGAGCACACGGCUGCCCUGGACAUCUAUGAUAACGAGUGUGGGGCCCGCUCUAAAGGCUCGGGGGCGCUACUGGACAUUGUGGAUGCCAGCUCUCUGCUGUACAGGCUCAAUAUGGAAGGUAGGGACACACCCGUGGAAUCUUUAAUGCAAGAUCAUCUGUGACAG